AUCUAUUGCUACUGAGGGAGGAGGCUGAGAGGCUGAGAGGCGUGUUUACUUUGUGGUUCCUGCCUGGCUUUUCAACAAGAUGAACCCUUUAGGAAACGCCCAGGGAGCCACGCCCGGACAGAGGUUCCUAGGCACUAGCACAGGGAUCACCAGCGCCGAGCGGGACAAGAUCUACCAGUGGAUCAUUGAGCUGGCCAACCCGGAGACUCGGGAAAAUGCUCUGCUGGAACUGAGCAAGAAACGCGAGUCUGUCCCGGACUUGGCACCUCUGCUGUGGAACUCCUUUGGAACCAUUGCUGCGUUGCUUCAGGAAAUCAUCAACAUUUACCCGGCCAUCAACCCGGCCACCCUCACAGCUCACCAAAGCAACAGAGUGUGCAAUGCUCUGGCCCUCCUCCAGUGUGUUGCCUCUCACCACACAAGAUCUCAGUUUCUCGCCGCCCACAUCCCGCUGUACCUGUACCCGUUCCUGCAGACUGUCAGUAAGACCCGUCCCUUCGAGUACCUCCGCCUCACCUCACUGGGAGUCAUCGGUGCUCUCGUCAAGACUGACGAGCAAGAGGUUAUAAAUUUCUUGCUGACAACGGAGAUCAUCCCUCUGUGCCUGCGCAUCAUGGAGUCUGGCUCUGAGCUCAGCAAGACUGUGGCCACGUUCAUCCUGCAGAAGAUCCUCCUGGACGAGACAGGACUCAACUACAUCUGUCAGACCUAUGAGCGGUUCUCCCACGUGGCAAUGAUCCUAGGCAAGAUGGUGAUUGCUCUGGCCAAGGAACAGUCUGCCCGGCUGCUGAAACAUGUCAUUCGUUGCUACCUCAGGCUUUCCGACAACCCAAGGGCUCGGGAGGCUUUGCGUCAGUGUCUGCCUGACCAGCUCAAGGACCAAACCUUCGCCGGCUGCCUCAAGGACGACAAAUCCACCAAACACUGGCUCCAGCAGCUCCUUGCCAACCUGGAGACCACCUCUGUACCUGACCCUCGCAUUGCCCUCCCUCCCCUGGCCGCCCAGUGAUGUGGUCUGGUGCUGGGGAGGCGAUGAAGUGACCUGAAACGACAUGAGACUCUCCUUCCAUACCUGGUGUCUGGUGGUGUUGUGUGUGUGAAGGUGCCUGAUCCCUAACGCAUUCAAAGAAGUGUUCGGUGGAGUUUUCUCUCGCUUGCUACACGACGCUGUGAUCUCGGACACCUGGUCUUGUUGUUCUGACUGUCUUUGGUAAUUCUGUGAUAAGAUAUAUAUUUUUUCUUGCGGUUGUGUCGUGCAUUAAGUUUGUACGGAUGCUUGUUGAAGCCACCGCCGCCGCCAUCGCCUGUGGGUCAGUGCACGGUGGCAGGCUUUCUGAUACAACAAGGGAACUGGGAAGUACUACAUAGAUAUCUCAUUCUUCAGUGCAAAGAGACAGUGUGAAAGAGGACCAGAGACUCUAAGGUAGAUUCUAUGUGCAUAUCGUAAGGCUAUGUGUAAAUAAUGCCAAAUAUCAGGUAUCUCUUAAGGCUGCUACUUCUGGGGACUCAAAGAAGUUCUUCCUCCGAGACUAACAAUCGUAUGUUUACUACGUUUUGCAAUAUCUCCCACAGUUUAUUUGGUCAUGUUCAGUGGCAUUACAGACGGUACAUGACAUGGCCGGUUUCCUGUUGCUUGUCAAGGAAACUGUUCAAAAAGGGCAGCAUCCAUAACUCAAUAGUAGUCAUGGUAAGGAGUAGAGGAACUUAACACUCCUAAAGCCUUUCCUGCAUUCUGUUCAGUCUUACAAAACCACAACAGUAGAGACACAAUACCCUCAUCCUUAUAAACUUUCCCUCAGGUCUUAGUCCCCAUUGUGCUGACAGUCUUGCAAAACCACAACAUUAGAGGAAAAACACUUUCCUAACUUUCUCUCAGUCUAAAUCCUCAAUCUCAGUCGUACAAAACCACAGCAUUAGAGGAACAAAUACUUACCUACAACCUUUCCUUCAGUCACAAGUCCUGAUUCUGCUCACAGUCUAACAAAACCAUAGCAAUAGAACAACACCCUCCUACAACUUUUCUCUCAGUCUAAGUCCUUAAUCUGAGUCAUACAAAACCACAACACCCUCUUACAACCUUCCCCUCAGUCACAAGUUCUCAUUCUGCAGAGAGUCCUUAUAAAAUCACAACACACUUACAAAUUUUCUCAUUCCAAAAAACCCUAACUCUUCAUAAACUUUCACUCCCAAGUCCUCAAUUUGAAGGUCUUACAAAACCUAAACACAAAUUCUUUACUGAUUGCAAGACUUGGGACAUUAAGCACAGUGGGUGUAAGUACCAGUUAAUUCACUCACUCCUGACCAUGACUAACUGUUACACUGGUGGUUAAAAUCAUGUUCAGUCAUUUGUGCUAAAUUUUGAUGGUAUACUGUUAAGGUUCAUUGCAAUUUGUUUGUCAAUUCCUUGGCUGAUAUCAGAGCAGCUUAUUACAAUGGUGAGCUGUGAAACUAAAUGAAAAAAACUAUUAGAUUAUUAGAUUCCCUUCUCUGGGUUCUAGUUGUAGUGGUAAUGGUUACAAUUCUCCACUUGAUUCAGGGCCAGUAGAUAUCAAAUAGCAAAUAAUGUACCAAUUGACGAGCAACAAGACUAAAUAGAAGGAAUUGAUUGGUAAUAUUUAUAGUCCCAGGUCUUGGUAAAUGUUCUAGUGACAAUCAUUACAAUUCCUUAUUUGAUGCUUGGCCGGGAGACAACAAAAAUCAUGUACCCAUCGAUUAUCCAUGAGUGAAAGAAAAUGGUGUGUAAUGUUAGAUUUCCUGCUCUUGGUAGAUGUUAUAGUGAUAAUCUUUAGUUCUUUGUUCAACUCUGGACCAACAAACAACUAACAUGUGAUGUACAACUUGACGAACCACAAGUCUAAAAAGGAAAUCAUUUGUAAUAUACUGAUUUUUUGAGGUAUUAGAUGUUAUAGUGAUAGGACUUACUGUAAACCCUCACUCAAUACUGAGCCAACGAGUAUCAAACAAAUCACUACAUGCCGAGCCACCACCAGCGCACUAUGGACGUGAAUCGCCUUAAGGAAGAAGUCUUUACAAAUGCCUUAAUGGGUAAUGGGGCAAUAUUUUACUUAAAGCUCCCUAUUGACCUUAUUGUCUAGUCUUAUUUAUUUUCAAGGUUUUUUUUAAGUUUUCCUGCUUUUUUCACCGUAAAUGACAUGCAAGACAAGUCAAGCACAAUAUAACCAGUCUGGAAGUUGGAUGGAAUGCCUGUACCACCUCGCCAGGCUUACUGUGCUGUUAAGACACAGAAUACACACAUGCAAACACACACAAACAUUUCCACAAGAACUUGGCCACAUUAAUCUCUCUCUCUUUGACUGUUAGUGAACGUACAGCAUUGCUUUAAUACCACAUGACAGACGCCACUUACCAAGAAGAAAGCUGCAGCCAAUGGGAGGUUCAAGUGACAUUGUUCCCUUUGGCAUCAGUGGUGGCUUACUCAAACCUUGCACCAUGUUUCAAGCUUCAGAAGCCGAGGCACUUGCAAAUAAAACUACAGGCUCCGAAAAAUUUAAGCCGCUUGGUCACUUCUGCCGUCAGUGUUGUCUUUCAGUGCACUCCAAACUCACACAUUAAUUGAGGUUAAGGAGAUGCUGUAGCAGUCAAAGAGUUAUGUUUUCAGUGUGUUCUUAAAGGUACUCUCUUCAAUUUAAAGUCCAGUUUGUCUAAAAGUUGUGGCUGUGGUUUCUUGGACCCAAUAAAGACAGAACUCAGUGUGUUAGGGAUCUGACUGCCACAGAGAGGAGUCAGUUGUUGGCUUGUGUGUCAUUGUAAAGUGGACUCCUGUUACCUAAGACUGGCCGUGUGUUCCUUACUGGCUGGGUGAUCUUCCAACUGUAUUUUUUGUCGUCAAUAAAGUAUUCUCACCAAAACGUCCA